AUGGAUGCAACUGUAGAGAUCGAAGGCGACGUGUUCUUCGCUGACCUUGCCAAUCAGAUCGCGCUCCUGAUCAUGGAGGAGGACGAUGCCGAGGGAUUCGCAUCUCUGAAUCCUUUGAUUUCUCCUCAGGUCGGAGCCCGCAACUUAUCACUAUUUUUUUCCUGUUAGUUCAAGACUAGAUAGAGCUUGAAAUCGACUCAGCAGUCAUCAGCUUCAAGCGUUUAAACACAAUCUUUUCCCAUCCUUGUGGGGUUACUCGUUGCAAUCUCCAUCAGCAGGGCUCUAAUCUAGCACCGAAGGCAGUAUCCUCAUCUCCAGUCUUCUACGAGCCAUUCUACGGGAGGGAGGUGAAGGGAACCGGCGUCUUCAUCCCGCAGUCAUCCAAACCCAGGAAGAAGCACAGGUCCCGGAAGCCGAGGGCCUCCAAAGCUGCUGUCUCCACCACGGGCUACGGGAAUAAGAAGGAUCAGCAGUCAGAAGAUCGCGCCGUUGCUGCUCCGUCGCUGAUGACUCUGAGUUAG